UUCAACCCACAUACAAACCACAAGCGAAUAACUCUGAGCAAGAACGGCUGCAUAGCCAGCAACGACCGGCGCGCACGCCUCAGCAACUCUUCACCGAUUCUAAUCCUGGGCACUCUGAACCGGUUUCAAACUGAAGAUCACUGAACCGGUUCCAGAGAGAGACGGGGAGAGAGAGAGAGAGAGAGAGAGAGAAAGAGAGAAGAAAGAACUAGCAACCCGUUCCAGUCACCGGCGCCAAAUCGGGAUCCAGCUCGUCCUGAGGAAAUUCUACACAAAGAAAACUUUGUUGCUUUUGCAUUUUUAAAAUAAAGGAGAGAAAAAAAAACGCGUUGGAUCGGAAUUCGGGAGGACGGGGAAUUCUGACCCGGGAGCCGCAGACUCGCCGGCUACUUCCCCGCUCCCCGCCGACAGACCCCGGGUGCCGCUUGAAUGUAUAGUCUGAUGAUGGAGAGUGAGUUGCAGUCUCCGGGGCAUCCGAUCAGCGCGCCGGGCGGCGGGACCACCGUGCCCGCUGCGGGCACAAACGGCAAGCUGAGUGGCGAGCGGGUGAAGAGACCCAUGAACGCCUUCAUGGUGUGGUCCCGCGGGCAGCGGAGGAAGAUGGCUCAGGAAAACCCCAAGAUGCACAACUCGGAGAUCAGCAAGCGCCUGGGAGCUGAGUGGAAGUUAAUGUCCGAGGGAGAGAAGCGACCCUUCAUCGACGAAGCCAAGAGACUCCGAGCGUUGCACAUGAAAGAGCACCCGGAUUACAAGUACCGUCCCCGCCGGAAGACCAAGACUCUACUGAAGAAGGACAAGUACUCGCUGCCGACCGCGUUGCUGCCUCAAGGCCCCGGAGCGCUCGGCUUAAGCCAGCGGCUGGACGCGGCGGGCGUGGCCGGCGCUUACGGGCACAUGAACGGUUGGGCGAAUGGCUCUUACCCGGGCUCGGCGGCGGCAGCGGCGGCCGCGGUCAUGAUGCAGGAACAAUUGUCUUACUCCCAGCACCCGGCGCUGGCAGCGGUGGGAGCAGGAGGAGGGGGCGACGGGGGCGCCGGCGGGGGAGCAGUACAUCACCACCAUCACCACCCGCAGCAGUUGCACCGUUACGACAUGCCCCUCCAGUACAGCCCACUCACCGGCACGCAGAGCUACAUGAGCGGCUCCCCUUCCUACGGCACUCUCUCAUCCGGCUACAGCCACCAGCCGGCCGGUGGCAUCCAACUGGCCUCGAUGGUGAAAUUGGAACCGGCCCCUAGUCCCCCGGUCAGCUCCCACUCCCGCCCCCCGUGCUCCGGGGACCUAAGGGAGAUGAUCAGCAUGUAUUUACCCGGAGGAGGAGGAGGAGGAGGAGGAGGAGGAGGAGGAGAAACAGGCGACCCGUCUUCCAGCAGACUGCUGCCACUUUCUCAACACUAUCAGAGCCCGGCUUCGGGGGUAAAUGGGACCAUUCCACUAACUCACAUGUGAAUAUUGGGCCUCGGGAACGAACUCUGCGCUUUCCUUGAUGUUCUUGUAAAAAAAAGAGUGGACUGCGAACAUUUUUUUUGGCUCUAAACCUAGUGCACAUACCUUAAAAAAAAAGAAUCUGAAUGUUUUAUUACCGAGGCUUUUUGUACAGUAUUUAUCAUUUCAGGCAAUUGGGAAGAUGAAUGACUGUGUUAAUUGUCGACUGUUGGAAUUUGCCCAGAAUGGGCACUCUCGCUGUUUACACACGCUCCAGAAUUACUCGAAAUUGAGUAACGUGAAAAUCAAUACCCCCCCCCCCCCCCCCCCCCC